GACGGUCCUACACUGCCACUAGAACACCCACACCCUUCGCAAAAAAACAAUAACAUUUCCGGCUUGCUAUCCGCUUUAUCUGGCCAAAAUGAGGCUCCAGCGCCAGUGCAUUGUGAUCAACAGGCGAUCGGCCAUUGUCCUGAUCAUGAUCUUCGUGCUGACGGGGAUCAGGAACAGCGAGACGGCCAGCGGGGGCAACCAGAUGGACUUGUCGGACGCGAAAGGCGAUCACAAGGACAACAGCAAUGCGAGCAAUGGCAAUGGCAACGGGAAUGCCAAUGAGAACGAGGUGUAUGUGCCACCAGUAGUGUCCAGCGCGACGGCCAAAAACGGAGGAGGUGGAGGCGGAGCAACAGGCGGUCUCCUGGACAACAUCACCGCCUACAGCAGCGGCACCGUCAGCAAUGGGAACAGCAACAACAAUAUGCUCUGCCCAUACGACAAGGACACGCCCUGCGAACGCCUACAGUUCCCCUGCAUCCGGUGCAACUACAACCAUGGCUGCCUCUACGGUCGAGACGUGAACGUCACCUGCGAGGUGAUCAACAAUGUGCAGUGCCAGGGCGAGCGCAGCUUCCAGCGACAGAUGAACUGUCGCUAUUGCUACCAAACGGAGCUGUGGCAACAGAGCUGCGGCCAGCGCUCCAGCUGCAACUCGGCGUCGGACAAACCCUUCCGCACCAACUGCACCGUGCACCAGGACGUGCUCUGCCUGGGCAAUCGUUCCUUCACCCGCAACCUGCGCUGCAACUGGACACAGGGCUAUCGCUGGAGCACCGCCCUGCUGAUCAGCCUCACUUUGGGCGGCUUUGGCGCCGAUCGAUUCUACUUGGGCCACUGGCAGGAGGGGAUCGGCAAGCUGUUCAGCUUCGGAGGCCUGGGCGUCUGGACCAUCAUCGAUGUCCUGCUCAUCUCGAUGCAUUAUCUGGGGCCAGCGGAUGGCUCGCUUUAUAUAUAAGUUGGGGUUACAGGGGCUGGGGCUUAAGAAAUGUAGGGAGAUUAGGCCAAAAGUAUAGAUCAUAAGCUAAAUGUUUCCAUUAUCAUGUACAUAAAUACGAAAAAUAGUUAACCAUUGUAUACUGUAAGAUUGUACAUACAAAAUUAGAAAAUGUACCCUAGUUAUAUACUCCUUAUAUAUUUUUUUGAUUUUUUUUAACUAGUACAUUAAAAAAUAUACUUUAUAUUAUUUUUGAUCGUAUUAAUAAAAAACCAAAAGAUCAUAGG